UUGAAAAGACACCGCAUGGACGAAGAAGGCGAUGGAGGGGAUUCCACUGCGCUGUGGGUAGCUCGCAUCAUGUGCAUUGUCGCGCUGGUGGCUCUUUCUGCACUCUUCUCUGGCCUAACGCUGGGACUCAUGUCGCUGGACAAAGUCGGGUUGGAGGUGGUCAUUGGCGCUGGUGAAGAUGAACAUGCGACGGAGAAAGAGAAAGCCCAAGCGGACGCCGCCAAGCGCAUUGCGCCCAUUCGAAGAGACGGCAAUCUCUUGCUUACAACCCUGCUUCUCGGCAACGUAGCUGUGAACUCGCUCUUAUCGAUCCUCAUGGCAGAUAUCACGAGCGGCUUCUUGGGGUUCAUUGUAUCCACAAUUGUGAUUGUGCUAUUUGGAGAGAUCUUUCCACAAGCUGCAUGCUCCCGUCAUGCUCUUGCGAUUGGAGCCAAGUCGAUUCCCGUCGUCAAAGUCAUCAUUACCAUGUUUUACGCCUUUGCCAAGCCUGUGAGCAUGGUGCUGGACCGUCUCCUCGGCCAAGACGUUGGCACGAUCUUUACGAAGAAGGAGCUGUGGAAGAUGCUCGACAUCCACGUCAAACAAGAAAUGAUCGACGAUGAAGAAAGCUGGAUCAUGUACGGGGCUCUACACUACAAGAGCCAGCAAGUGUCGGCGGUCAUGACGCCGAUCGACAAAGUGUUUAUGCUUGUGUCGACCGCCAAGUUGAACGCCGACACGAUGCGGGAGAUCUACCAAAGCGGGUUCAGCCGCAUUCCCGUCUGGCGCAAGACUCGCAACGACAUCAUCGGGUUGCUCUUCACCAAAGAUCUCGUCUUUAUCGAUCCCGAGGAUGCCAUUCCCAUCGACGAGUUCAUCCAAAUUUUCGGACGUGGCGUACAUCGCGUGUGGCCCGAUACAAAUCUGGGCGACCUCCUCAAAGCGUUCAAGAUGGGGCGAUCCCGCCUCGCUCUCGUCCACGAAGUCAACAAUCGCGGCAUCGGCGACCCGUACCUGGAAGCCGUAGGCAUUGUGACCCUCGAGGACGUUGUAGAAGAAAUAUUGCAAGACACGUUUCGCAACGAGCCCAACAUUGACAUGCGACGGCAUCGCAAGGAAUGCCGCCAAGUCGACUUUGGCAAGAUGCGGCUCCUCGGCGUUGACGUCGAUGUUGAUCGAGACAUGUUUUUGACUCCGGACGAGGCCGAGGACCUGGCGUCCCAUUUGAUCAAGCAUCAGCCUGUCUUUCAACUGGAAAAGCCCAAUCGUGGCGGACCGUUGACGACGGCGGACGUGCAAGCGAUGUUGGUGAAAUGCCCCCUUGUCGAGUACGGCAAGUGCACCAUCCAUGGACCUGACAUCUUGUCCAAAGCCCACGUGGUCAACCACUGCGUGGUCAUCAUGGAAGGCACGGUGAAGGUAUCGACACAUCACGGACUGUUCAAAGAGAUUGGGCUGUGGUCCGUGCUCGCCCCCGAGUGUUUGGUAUCGCCCGAGAACGCCUACCUUCCAGACUACACCGCCACCGUGAGCGCCCAACACCCCAAGAUUCUGUGUUUACACAUCCCACGAGUUGAAUUUCAGCACAUGCUCUACCCCAUCAACCUUGGCGUGCGAAACAUGAACAGCAACGUGCGAUUCCGCGAGCCAACGCCGCAGUCCAAACGAUUUCGGUUGCCGUCCUUGCAAAUCCACCCGAUGCCCACGUCGUCACCGUACGGCGCCAUGCACGACGAUCCGUUCGAAGCGAAGCAAAGUCUGCUCGACGGACAAGACAGGUCGGGUAUGUAGGAAAGACACCAAAAUGCUAAUUUUCUGGUCCAUCAUCGCACUGUUGGCCCUUCUUCAGGCGAUCGCUUCUCCUGGUGCUUGCAAAAUGCGAGGCUGGACUCGCUUAUGGAAGGUUGAAUCGCUAUGCCCACCAUGCAAUCCCGUUUCGUACCUCGACCACGCCACGAGUGGAGCAUUGAGGUGUACCUAACAAACCUGUCAUCACCACAGCUUCUUGCGACCGUUGUGGACACAAAAACCGCGAUGGAUGGCCUCGAACGCGAGCUGACGGGCUUCAUUGUCGGUGGCCAGCGAUGACAGCAACUGCAACGCAAUCAUUUGAUGCGCGUUCAGAUGCUGUUGGCCGUCUUCGGCGUCCAGAUAGUUGAUCUUAAUGCCGUGGAUUAUCCUGACGGUAUGGAAGCCUGUCUUGGCCCGCGCUGCGCUCCAUGGCCACGCAAGCUCGAUCACCGCGCGUUGUUGUGUCUGCC